AUGUUGUUACGACAAUAUCUCCCGCUAGACUCCCUACCUAGCUGGCUCAGACUAAAUGGCAUCGUUGGGCAUGGAAUAUCGUUCCAAAAACUCGAUGGCGACAGUAACACGGACAAAGGCAAUGCCAUUGUUGCCACAGAGGAUUUAAGCAACGAUGAAGAUUCACAUGUUAAAGUCCUUCUUGAAGUUCCGUCUGACUUAAUUUUGUCAUUGGAAGCUGUUCACACCUACGCAAAAGCGGACCGGGAUCUCCGUGAAGUGCUAGAAGCAGCGAGCGAAUUUGGCCGGACUGCGAGAGGCUCAAUAUUGAUAUUUCUUCUUUUGCAAUUGACACAUAAUGAUCCGGAAAUUCCCCGUCCAAUUGGCGUGUCCAGCCCUUGGGCUGAGUAUGUCAAAUUUCUCCCGCCAUCGUUUCCCUUGCCUACAUGCUACUCUGAUGAAGAGCAGCAGUUGCUGAUUGGAACCUCACUUGCAGCUGCUGUAGAGGCGAAAUUUGAUUCCUUACAACGAGAAUUCGACCUGCUUCGCGAGGCUACAUGUGGGAUUUCUUGGUGUGAAGAGCUUUGGUGGAAUGAAAAUACUGGAAGAUUAACAAUGGCCGAUUGGAUUUAUGUCGAUGCUGCAUAUAGAUCACGCAUGUUGGAUUUGCCGGGGAGUGGUCACUCAAUGGUACCCUGCAUUGACAUGGUCAAUCAUAUGGCUGGUUCGGCUGUCAAAGCGUUAUACGAAACUGAUUCGGACGGUAAUGCAAUUUUACAGCUGCGUCUGGGCAAGACUUUACACACCGGCGAAGAAGUGACUAUCUCAUAUGGAGAUGAAAAGCCUGCAGCAGAGAUGAUCUUCUCCUACGGCUUCUUGGACAGCGAUACAACCGAGGCAAAAAAAAUUACUCUGGAUAUUGACAUUACGGCCGCUACCACUGAUCCUCUUGCUUUUGCAAAGAAGACAUUAUGUCGGAACAUCCCAGGUCUCAGAGUAUCUACUGCCUACAACUCAGAGAAAGAUAUUCUGAAAUCAUUAACAACUUCCGGUGAAACCACCUGGGACAGUCCAUUCAUGUGGUGGGCGAGUGUGAAUGAAGAAGAUGGACUCUCCAUUGGUGUUGUGCAAACUAUGGAUGGAAGAAGGGAGCUUGAAGCAACCUGGAAAGGCGAAAAAGUCGAAACCCCUCAUGAUCUGCUUGGACUUAUUGCGACCCAUCCAUCAAGGGAUAUUUUCCAGCUCCGAGCUUUGGUGCUGGUGCUUGAUCGACUGGAGACCGAAAUAUCGAGGAUGCAAGAGACAGAAUACGAAUUGAAGAAAUUCUGUGAAAAUAACGAGCGACUUGAUCAGAUUUGGAGGCCGGAAAUAUUUAGCCUGGUGUCUCGAUUACGACAGAUGGAGGGCUUAUUACUACAGAAAGCGAUGAAUGAUCUUACAGAACGGAAAAAUGAGUUGAUGGAGUCGAACACCGUCAUCAAAUAUCUCAGUCAACAAUCACAGGCGGAUGAGGUUGAGGUUGAAGAUUUCACGUGA